AUAAAUAGACAGGAGCCCAAGUGCCUACUUCCUUUUCACUUAACAGGCACUAACCUGAAAACGCUAUCUCGCCUGCCUCCAAACUCUCAUUCUCUCUCCUUACGAUGGUGGCGGCGUCAACACUUCUCAGAUCCCCCUUCCUCUCUUCUCCAUUAUAUCCUCAACCUCACCAACCCACCGCCUCUAAACACCCCACAACCACCCACUUCACCACAGUCAAAGCCACUGCCUUCCCCACGUCCUCACCUGAUCCUUCGGCCGGCACCAGCGCCUCUCCACAAGCCAUCAAACACCGGCGCCCAACCAAUGAGAACAUCCGUGACGAGGCGCGCCGACACACCUCAACCCAUAACUUCUCCGCCAAAUAUGUCCCUUUUAACCCCGACCCGAGUUCCACCGAGUCCUACUCUCUCGACGAGAUUGUCUACCGGAGCCGCUCCGGUGGGCUUCUCGAUGUACAGCAUGAUAUGGAUGCAUUGAAGAAAUACGACGGCGAGUAUUGGCGGGCCCUUUUUGACUCCAGGGUUGGGAAGACCACGUGGCCUUAUGGGUCCGGUGUGUGGUCCAAGAAAGAAUGGGUCUUGCCAGAAAUUAAUAGUGAUGAUAUCGUCAGUGCUUUUGAGGGAAAUUCGAACCUUUUCUGGGCAGAGCGUUUUGGCAAACAGUUUCUGGGCAUGAAUGAUUUGUGGGUCAAACAUUGUGGGAUCAGCCAUACUGGGAGCUUUAAGGACUUGGGGAUGACUGUUUUGGUGAGUCAAGUGAAUCGGUUGCGCAAAAUGAAGCGGCCUGUGGUGGGAGUGGGCUGUGCUUCAACCGGGGACACGUCUGCAGCGCUAUCCGCUUAUUGCGCCUCUGCCGGGAUUCCCUCCAUUGUGUUUCUGCCUGCAAACCGUAUAUCCAUUGCUCAGCUGGUUCAGCCUAUAGCGAAUGGGGCUUUUGUCUUGAGCAUAGACACUGAUUUUGAUGGUUGUAUGCAGCUGAUUCGCGAAGUCACAGCUGAGCUGCCUAUAUAUUUGGCAAAUUCAUUGAAUAGUUUGAGGCUGGAGGGGCAGAAGACCGCGGCUAUUGAGAUUUUGCAACAGUUUGACUGGGAAGUCCCUGAUUGGGUGAUAGUUCCAGGUGGAAAUUUGGGGAACAUUUAUGCAUUUUAUAAAGGGUUUCACAUGUGCAAAGAACUGGGGCUUGUUAAUAGAAUACCAAGGCUUGUUUGUGCUCAAGCUGCAAAUGCCAAUCCGCUUUACUUGUACUAUAAAUCAGGCUGGAAAGAAUUCAAGUCUGUUAAGGCUAAUACUACAUUUGCUUCUGCUAUUCAGAUCGGUGACCCUGUCUCUAUCGAUAGGGCGGUUUUUGCAUUGAAGAAUUCAAAUGGGAUUGUUGAGGAGGCGACGGAAGAGGAGUUGAUGGAUGCUAUGGGUCAAGCGGAUUCCACUGGGAUGUUUAUAUGUCCUCACACUGGCGUGGCAUUGACUGCAUUGAUAAAGCUGAGGAACAGUGGAGUUAUUGGGCCAACAGAUAGGACCGUGGUGGUGAGUACAGCUCAUGGAUUGAAAUUUACCCAAUCCAAAAUUGAUUACCAUUCUAGGGAGAUUAAAGACAUGGCAUGCCAGUAUGCAAAUCCGCCAGUACAAGUUAAGGCCGAUUUUGGUUCAGUCAUGGAUGUUCUCAAAAAGUAUUUGCUGAGCAAAGAUUCCAAGUACUAGACCUCAUAUUAUGACUUGUGAGCAUGGAUUUGGAGCUAUUCUGCAGUUCGGUAGAUUUACUGCAGAAAAAGGGAAAAAAGAAUGCAAAGUUCAGUAGAUAUAGGAGCGUACGUGAGGUUUCACUUCUAAUCUAAGAACUGCAUCAUCCCUUUGACGUGAUAAAUUUUUUUCCUUGGGAACUUUAUCUUGAAAUAGCCGUUGUACUUCAUAGUUAGAAUCUUAGAUAGGGCCAUGGUACAAGUUAUUGUUGAAUUUCUGUAAUAAGCUAGCCCUUUUUGUAAUAGAUUGCUAAAUCUUUGGAGUAUCUAGUGUACUGUUUUCUUUAUUGCCAAAAGAGGUCAACUCUAGCAUCUCGUAUAGCCAGUUACUAGUUUUUUUAAGUUAUUUCAGUAUUUCCUGUCAAGUAGGUAGCUUCCACAAAGUGACUUAAUUGCAAAUGAAAUGUUUAAUUUCGCUUCUGCAGUGAAGUGCUUUAAUAA